AUGGCUAUCCCGGUAGCCGAAUCAUCCAUGUCGUCGCAGGUCGCCGAGGCGGGGCGGAUGGCGAGUGCGGACCCGACUAAGGCGGAGGAGCUGUACAGGGGGGUACUGAGCCGGACGGCAGCUGAUGAGGAUGAUUUGAGGGAUCAAGAGGUUGCGCUGGGCAAGCUCGGCGCGUUGUAUCGGGAUCACGACAAAACGAAAGAACUCGCUCAACUUGUGACUGACUCGCGGACGUUCAUGUCACAAAUAGCCAAAGCGAAGACCGCGAAGCUCAUCCGUACACUUAUCGACUACUUCCCUCCCACCGCCCGAGAUCUGCAAAUGCAGGUUGUGAAUGACAAUAUCGAAUGGGCGAAGAAGGAGCGGAGAGUGUUCCUGCGGCAGAGCCUCGAGAUCAGGCUGGUUGGACUACAAAUAGAGGCCCAGAAUUACCGGCAGGCGUUGACGAUGACGGAAGGGUUACUGAAGGAGCUGAAGCAGCUGGAUGACAAGAUCAUCCUGACUGAGGUGUUCUUGUUGGAGUCGAGGGCGGCGCAUGCUAUCCAGAACUUGCCACGAGCAAAGUCCGCACUCACAUCUGCCCGGACUACCGCCAACUCGGUUUACUGCCCUCCCCUUCUCCAGGCUCAGCUCGACAUCCAGGCCGGCGCGGUCAACGCCGACGACAAGGACUACAAGACGGCCUACUCUUACUUCUUUGAGGCGUUUGAAGGGUUUGCACAGGCGGACGAGAAGGACCCGAGGUCGUUGAAGGCGUUAAAGUACAUGAUGCUGUGCAAGAUCAUGAUGAGCUUGCCAGAGGAUGUGCCGCCACUCUUGCUCUUGAAGAGCGCGGCUCCACAUCUCGGUAGAGAUCUGGACGCUAUGCGGGAAACAGCCGCGGCGCUGAAGGCGAGAAGUCUGGAUAUGUUCAAAACAACAUUGAAGGAGUACAAUCAGCAACUGCAACAGGACCCUCUGAUCCGUUUCCACCUCUCCCUCCUAUAUGACACUCUUCUCGAGCAGAACCUGGUCCGCGUCAUCGAGCCAUACUCGUCCGUCGAGCUCAGUUGGAUCGCACAGGAAGUCGGGCAGAGUCUGCAGGUCGUAGAGGAAAAAUUGAGCCAGAUGAUCCUGGACCAAGUGUUCCACGGCGUCCUGAACGAGAGUCAGGGGACACUCGAGGUGUAUGAUGAGCCGGUCGAGGAUGCCAUGUACUCGACGGCGCUGGAGACGCUGAAGCAGAUGGGAGACGUGGUGAAGGGCUUGUACGAGAAGGCGACCCAGGUAGCAUAG